CCGAAUCAAAACCCACAAAUAACACUCGAGGAAUCUGUGAACGACGACCCAGUUGAAGACUUUGAACGGAUUUAGAAAGAAAGACCCAAAAAGAUGCUGAAGAGCGAGGCAUCUCUCUCGAGUUACUGCGAUUCCGGAGAUGGGUUCAAAUCCGAAGAUUCGUUGACUGGAAUCGAGGAGAAUUUGGAGAGAACUGUUACGAUUGGCGAUUCUAUUGACGGCGACGGGUUCAGUUUUGCGAAACACAAGGAAGAAGAUAGUAGUGAAGGUGAGAGAGGUGUUUUGGAUAGAGAUUAUGAAGAGGUUAUUAAGAAGCUAGGGAUUGGUAAGAGAGAUGAACAAGGUUUUGAGAUUGAAAGACCACCGAGUCCUCCUAUGCAUUUAGCUGCAGGGUUAGGUAUUGAUAAGUUUGAUUUGUAUGGUAACGAGACGAAAUUCGAUUUACCGGGUUUCGAUGAUGAGAAUUGUGGUGAUUACUACAAAGGAAUGCUCGAGGAGUAUCCAUUGCAUCCUUUGCUUCUCAAAAACUAUGCCAAGUUCUUGGAGUAUAAAGGAGAUCUUACUGGAGCAGAAGGAUAUUAUCUUAAGUGUACUGUAGUUGAGCCUUGUGAUGGAGUAGCUUUAGCAAACUAUGGUAGAUUAGUAAUGAAGCUUCACCAAGAUGAAGCUAAAGCCAUGAGCUACUUUGAACGUGCAGUUCAAGCUUCUCCUGAGGAUAGCAAUGUUCUUGGAGCAUAUGCUAGUUUCCUCUGGGAGAUAAACGUGGAUGAUGACGAUGAGGAUGAUGAUGAGUCUUCUGGGAAAGGAAAAGAAGAAUUUGAGCCUGAUGCAGCGGAGAAAAGCAACUCGAGCUUGUCCAAGACAGAAGAUGGAGAAACGCUAUGCAGAUACGCGAAAGCGUUCUGGAGUAUAAAUAAUGACCACGAGAAGGCCUUGUUCUACUUUGAGAAGGCCGUUGAAGCCUCUCCAAAUGACAGCAUUAUUCUUGGAGAGUAUGCUCGGUUUUUAUGGGAAAUAGACGAAUGAUCAUCAAGAAGAAAAAGAAGAUGUCUAUAGCUGAGAAUAAACCUUGAUUUUCCAACUAUGUAAUAUAUAUGCUUAAUGAUUCACUCGGACCCACGUUAUCUCACAGAGUUUAGUAGGAAUUUUGCACUUGUAUGCGUAAUGAAAUAGAGAGUAUACUACUUAUCAAUUUCCUUCUUAUGGGUAGACAAUUAUUGAAGGGAUAAUAGUCAAAGCAUUAGUAAAUUGACAACAUUUAU